AUGCACCCCGAGGCCGCUUUUUUGGUAUUUCGGAUUUGUUAUAAGCUGUGGCAGCGUGUCUUCUUUGUGUAGUAAUAUUAAUGCUGGCCGUCAGCAAUUGCUUCCGAUCUAAAGUCCGCUGAAUAACCAAUUUAUGGUCUUUCGUGAUUUACUGAAUCUACCUAUGUUCUUUGUUACCAAUCAGAUUGUGCAAAUGCUCUUUAUAGGCGGAGGUGUUCGAAGGCCUUCAAAAAAACGAGCUCAGUGCAGAUCAUGUGCCGACUGAGGACGAUGAAGAUGUUGAACAGGAGGAGAACGAUGCAGUCGUUUCGGGAGUAUCCGGUAAAUCGAAGAAAGGCAACGUCUAUAAAAAGCAGGUCAACUACUCACGAGCAGGAUCGAAAGGGUACGUGGAAAAUCUUUUUAUGUUUUAAUUGUUAAUCGCCUUAUUUUGCUGUCUUUGAGUAGACUUAAUCAUAGCAGUUUUGUUGGCGUGCAGAAUAUUGACAGACGCUGACGUUUACAAUUAAAGCAAGUAACGUCAGUUGAUUUUCUCAUUCACUGAUCAGUAACGUGAACGCAGUCAUCCCACAUCUCUUCUGACCUCAACUGUACUCAGCCAUCCGUGGUAUUAUAGUGCGCCCCCCUUAAACUGGACCUCAAAAUGGACAGCCCCUAGAUCCGAUGUGACACGUACGAAAUUGGAGCGAAAUGCUUGAGAAACUACUUCACCUGACCUCAUUUUAAGUUUGUCUGACUCGAUCCUGCCACGAGGUUUAAAUCGGAGGUUGCCAACUGGCAGAACGUAGGGCGAAUACCAGGCCAGUUGUUAUGUCAAAACCCAUCCCCAGUCCUUUUAACCCGAUGGUCGCAAUGGAACAUUAGGGAUGUGGAAAGGGCAAGUAGUAUUGACAUUCAUUAGCCCCUCCCCCCUUAUGUGAUGGAUUUCAUGCCGAAAUAACCACUGCUUCCCCGGGAUAAUGAGGAUUCUCAUCUAUUUCUGUGGAUCAACCAGGGGGUCUAUGGCGCCUACGAUCCAUUUGUGCGAUUUCCUCUGAUCUGAAUGACGCUACGGUCAUGAACGUUUGAAAAGCACAUAACACAAAGUAGAGCGAUACUCGCCGUGUUACCGAAUCUCCGCAAUACGUAUUUUCCCACCGCGGUGUAUUUUUCAGUUUAUUUUUAGUGCAUUUUUGAGGGUAAUAAGUAAAACCUGUGAAAACCCUUUUUGUUACAUUGGUUGUAAAAUAUUAUUGCAAUUAAAAUAAUAUUCACAUAAUGUAAGUAGUAUUUUUAAAUUAAAUUUAUGUGCUGAGUUGACACGGUCUUCAGUUCAGGUUUAGUGUGUCGAGGGAAGACAAGGGACUCAAAUGAUAAUCUGAGUGCCUUUUUAGGGAGUUGCAACGACGUCGCCUCCAUAUCCAUAAAGAAUUAAAGCAGAAGAUUCAGCCUGGACACAUUCGCGCUUAAUAAUUAUGAUUGUGUAGCAUAAUACUGUGAUAAUCCAGUCACGAAACGACCGCGGCUUUCGAAUGAACUCCUUAUCGACCGCCUGCACAAACCACAUUCCAUAAAAAUGGCUGCCUAAGCAACAGGAACUUUUCUCAAUUAAUUUUUGAUCCCCUUACAUAUUCAGACAUAUUUGGGUACCAUUAAAUCCUGCCCUGCUUGCCUGCUUCAGCUUCGUACCGGGGACAAAAAGCUUCAAAUUUUACCCAUUUGGUAGCACAUUACGUCUUCUUUAGAUUUUGUACUUGAUGAAAGAGUAUCUUUCGGUUUUGGAAAAGUCUGUAAUUGUGAGAUUCUUCAAGACCUUGAAACGUCCAGUCGUACAGCACCGCAUCUGCACAUUUAUGAAAUGGACAUUGCAGUCCGAAUCCACUACAAAAUUUUAUGAGUCCGAUAUGUUCUCUUCAUAAUAGCAUGUCAGUAUAUAGGUCAAUAUAUUUUAAGGGUAAUAGGCAAUGCCUUUGAAAACCCUAUUGUAAACGGUACUUGCAAUAUGUAACUUUAAAUAAACACAGUACUAGAAUUUUGUCAGUAAUAUAUACACUUAACAGAAUAUUUUCAUUGAAAAUUCAGAACCGAAACUCAGACACAUUCAGUUGUAGAUGAUAUCGGUAAAAUGCAAUGACAGUCAUCCUCAUUAGCGGUAGGUGUAUGCAAGGCGUUGGUUUGGCACCACAGAGCUGUUCUGUCCAGACAAGCGGUAUUGUCCAAGAAAUAUACAUCUAGUCUUUGCUUGAACGUCUCCGUGGUAUCCGCCAUUAUUACGUCCUCGGAAAGUAAACAACUUUUAGUUCGGAAACUCUGAAUGCAAGUGUAACGGCGAGUCGGGCUCAAAAUUACUCGAGAAUUGUGAAAGUUCUCUAAAACCAAGAGACACUUUUUCUUCAAGUCUAAAAUUUGAAGAAGACGUAAUUUGCUACCAAAUGAGCAAACGAAAUAAUAUUUUUGUGCCUGGUUCCCGUGAAAUAUAUCCGAAUUUAUAGGGGUAUUAAAAAUAAGUGGGAGAACCUGUGUAAUUUAAGCAGUCAUUUUUAUGGAAUACGGCAAGAAGCUCAUUCAAAAGCCGGCCUCAUGACAUGACUGAAAUAUCCUGACAUUAUUUGACACGAUAACUAAUAUUGCAACCCCACAUAGGCCAUUGUUGUAAAUGGAAACACAUUUCAGAAUUCCAGUCAACGUCUCAUGUGAUAGCACAUUUACUGUAUUUUGAGACUCUUCGUGUGAACACUGAGCCUGACGUUUCUUGUCAAUUAAGCUGAGGGAAUGAUAUCUCCAGUCAAAGCAUCUGGGUGCCGAUAUGAACUCUCCUUAAGAAGGGCUAAGUUCGUUUCAGCUCACAGCGACUUGCCAUAUCAUGCGUAAUUGUGACUGCUACGUUACUAAUGAGAUGCACAAAGUUUGGUGGCAAACUCUUUCUUUUAUGGUGUUUACGGGAUUCUAGUCAUUUCGUGUUCAGGACUUCAAUUUCGUCUUCAUUAAAUCGGGUUUAACGAUAAGGGCAUUUUCUCACGUUAUUUUCUUAACUUAGAAUUUAAAACUCGCCUUCAUCAUUUUGAGUAAAUCUUCUAGUUAACGUCGAUUGACUUUUUCCUUAAAGGCGGCUACCGAGGUACCGCCUCUUGGUAAAAUAUUCUAAAGUCAAGCACUUUUUAACAGUUCAUAUUUCUCAUAGGUUGUGUAAUUUUCCUUUCUUGGCUUUGAAACAUCGAGUCCUGCUCAGCAGAAUUACAGGCGCGCAGUUUGUCGUGGUUUUAAUUGCUUACUUCAAUAUUCCCGUCAACGUUUUUCAUGCUCAUCCGGUUCCACCAAAUUUCAUUGGACAUGCACUUUUAAACCAAACAGUAAGUUUACCUUCCUCAAGAUCUCCCUGUUCUUAAAUUUUUAGUUCGACUUACACCUCAAUUCUGUCCAGAAAGCUAAGUAAAUCGACGCGCAAACCAUCUUGUUCAAGUCUUAAAAGUGAAGCCGCUGUUUCUAGAUCUUCAAAUUCCACACCACGCAGCCGCGAAAUUAGUGAACGGCAUCUUGGUUUAAAGGUUUCUGCCAGCUGUGACGACUCCUCAACCCAAUCUUUCUCCGGCAAGCUAGAAGAGCAAGAUGUAAAGGUUUGCUUCAUUUGUCUAUCAUCUUUGUUGAUAGUCUCUUUGACCAUAACUCUCAAUUAGAAUUAUUUCCCGCGAUGGAGUUUAUUUGCCCGGCCCUUCACUCACUUCCAAACUCCGAAUCUUAUGUGACAAAGUUAGGUCUACUUAUGACCUUCUGAGUAGUCGUUGUCUUUGCAACGUUUAGAUAAGCGAUAAACCACCUAAUUUAGCUACAUAUUCGCGAUCUCUUUGACUAAUUGGUUUUCAUGCAGCUUAGAAAUUAUAUGGACGUUCACGGGACCACCCCGGCAGGAUUUGAGAACCUUUCCUCCCACUUGUUAUGUUACACUUCCAUGAGGUAACAAAACCGGAUCGACCGUGAAUUCUGCCAGUAUACUCUCCUGGUGUUUGUCUCUCGUUCUUUCUCUAAACUGACACUGUAGGCCAACCUAUCACUGUUACGAAACACGUGGAAAGGCAGUUCUUAAUCCCCUGAUGACGUUCGCAUGUCUUUUUCGGUCUCCGUUCUGGAACUGUAACAGGGUACCACAAACUAAAUACCCCCAUCACGAGGAUAUUCAUUGUAAGGCUUCCAAGGAUGAAACCCCCACUCAGAUACCUGUUCUUGCAAGACUAGUCAAACGUAAAGCAGAUUAAUAGGGCUAUUUAUUUCCUGUUCGGAGUUUAAAUGGAUAGACUUUUUAGAAAACUCGUGCAUUCGACGAGCUCACACAAAACUAUUUGUCUACCCAUCCAGUUAAUCUAAUCCCUUUAUUUCUUUAUAUUAUCAGCAUCGGGACCACGCUCCUGACGCACUUGUGAGUGAUUUUUUAAAAAUGUCUUUUAGAUAACGGGAAUCGAGCCUAGAGCACAUCUUCAGAAGUUCGAUCAGGAUGCCGCCAUUGGGGGACCCUCACUAAUACAGAAUCUUCCCGCUGAAAAACCGGUAAAUGUUUGUCUUUGUCUCUUGUUUCUUCCAAUGCUUACCUGGUAGGAAAGGAUUUGAAGAUUGAUUAUCGUUUUAGGACCAGUCGGACUUCGAACAUUUAUUUUCUACAUGCUCCUAUCGAAUGUUCGCAAUCUUAAAAUACGGCACAUUUCCUUCCUCUACGUAAACUGCACACGAGUAGUUGUAAUGUUCUGUGUUUGGAAAGAGCAUAUGUUAAAUAAUCCCGUUUUGGAAGACGUCGACUAGCUUCAGGUCCGUAAUAAGUGUUUCCUCGAGGGCCACCAUCAAACCAUUUUCCUUCCAGAAGGUAAAGAGGUAAAAGACCGUUUCCCUACUUUAAAAUCUGAUCUUUACUGGCGCACGCUGGCUACCUGAGACGCUUUCUACAUGUCCGGAUCAUGUCAAUACUUUUAAAUUGAAUUGCUUCACAAAAUUGCGUAAUUGUGGGAUCCAGCGUCGGAAGAUUGGAAGAAUAUGCAAAAGCCCGAACGAAUUUCAAAUUUUGGAUAAUAAAAUGAAAGUGGGGCCAUUUCCUGAACCAGUAGAAAUUCAGGCAGUUAUACAUUAGCAAUUACAGUUAAAAACGACGAUGGAUGAUCGCGAAUUGCAAUUUCGCUUUAUCAAACGUCUGACAGAUCUGCAAUCGUGUACAUAAUGCAGCUAUUCCAUAAAGUUUCAUGACAUUCACUUCAUAUGUCUGUUUGAAUCAGUUUAGAACCGAAUUUGAAAACCAGUGUCCUAUAUACUAUUCCGAUUCUGCACCUCACUUUCAGCUUAUUUCGGCUUACUUUUGAGAAUAAUUGGAAAAACCUCUGAAAACAGUCUUUUACAUGUCGGUAUGCCAUAGAUACUGUGCACGUCUUUUGUAAAUGCAUCGCUAAAACUAUAGUAUUCACAUAAUUUAAGUAGUAUUGUUUUUGAAACAAAUUUCUCUGUAGAAUUGACUUGGCUUUCAGUUCAGGUUCAGCUUGUCGGCAAGACACAUAAUCAUCCAAGUACUUCUUGAACAUCUGCAACGACGUCGCCCCCAAAACUGACUUAGAGAGAUCAUUCCACCGUUCUGCUAUGCACUAUGUAAGGAAUUCAGAAUCGAAAUUCAACCUGGACACAUUUGUGCCUAUCUUCAUUGCGUGUCCAUGAAGAUGAGGCGAACUUAUAUACCUUGCAAAUUCUGUUAGCUAGAGUCUUCCUUAAUCUUCCGCCCUCCUUUCUCUAUACUAUCUAUAUAUAGUUAUAUAUACUGGAAGAUGGGCAUCCCAAGAAACAUAAUUCGAAGAAGAAUGAGUCCUUUGGGAAAAUGAACAAACUUUAUUUCGUAAAUUUUCGAGUCUGGUUCCCCAGCUCGUCUUCAGACGUGUAGUAAGUGUGAAGAAACAGUCAAAAUUUAAACAAUGCCGAAAAAAUCGAUAUUGCUCUGUCAUGGCUGAGGAUGGGUUAAUGCUCUGGGCUGAUGUCACGCCUUGAUUGGCUAUUGCCUUUUCCAUUUUUCUUUGAGAUUUGUGUACAUCGUAUCAAGGUCGAUGCGUCGAUUGAUGCAUGAAUCAUCAGAGUGAAUGGCCUCUAGGAAUUCUCGGCCUUUCUUAUAUGGGCAGGAACCGACAAUGCGUGUUUUAUCCCAAGCGAAUUUGUGCCCAGUUUCAAGAGUAUGCAUGGCGACUUGGGAUAAGUGGUCCCGCCUCUUCACUGCCAAUUGGUGUUCAUGUAGGCGUGUAGAGGCGGAUUUUCCGGUUUGACCACAAUACACUGCAUUACAAGUGCCACAUGGAAUUUUAUAGACUACUUCUUUCUUAUCCAAAUAGCCAACCCUAUUCUUAGGGUGUACAAGCUGAUUGCGUAGCGUGGUAGUCGGUUUGUGAGCCACUUGUAUUUGGUGCUUCCUGUCGGUAGCCUGAAGCCUUGAGCCAUGAUCAUUGUGUCUAGCCAAACUUCUUUUCAAAUCAUCCCCCAGUGCUUCUCUUUUGGUCUGGAAUGCAUUCUACUGUUCUAUAUCUUUUUCCCCCAAGAUCCCAAUCAGGUUUCCUGGCAGUUCUACUGCCGAUGACUUCAUACACAGCCGUCCCUCAGUCCGCACCUCGAAGUCGAGUCUCUCGCAGUUUACUUCGGACCCACAGGCCCGGAUAGCAGACCUCGAAAAGGAAACACACUUGCAAAAUGAACUCAUAAAAGGAUUCCAGAGAGAAAACGAAAAACUCAUGGCUGAAAACAAGAAACUUAAAGAGGUACUGGCUACUUAUUUCUCGUGUAUUUUAAAUGACCUGAAAAGACCUCUUUUAGUAUCUCCAACUUUUAGUUAUACGGAACGAACGGUUUUUACGAUUUCUCUAGCAUAAUGAAACUCGGAAACGCAUGCAGCAAGAGGUGGGCUGAAGACUAAUAAUAGUCCAAAGAAGCUGUAUUCUCUCCAUUCAUGUGAUUUCCCAGCAACUCACUAGGAUGUUUGCGUCAUCCCGAAGGAGUGACCGUUGGCCGGUUGGUCUCAAAUGGCAAGGGUGCUGUUCUGGCAGCAUCUCCCAAAGUGGGUCGAUAUUGCUAAGAAAUAUGAAGGGCUCACCGGAUCAGUGGAAUUGAGUGGCUGACGUUUCGGAGGGUUUAGCCGGCUCUCCAUUAUCAAAGCGUUUUGUACGAAAAAUUGACCAGAAUUUUGAAAAAACGGGCUUAUGUCGAUCGAUUUUUUAUUCUUUCGCUGCCUUGGCAUACUGACCGUCGUUUGUGAGUGUUGGUGGCCUCCUGUGUUGUGUGUUGUCAUCUCUAUGGGGGUCGAUUGCACCUGUGCUCACCUUUCAAGUAAAUAAGUCAACUGGCCGCGUUUGCUCGGCAUUUUUAAGUCCCGUGUGACUGUCUUGUCCUGGUUAUGGCGUAUGUAGUGAAGUAGGACUUUAUAGAUCGCAGGAAGGUCUACAUGUCCGUUGAUGGACUUGACAUCUGAGUACCAAGCCUCGAGUGAGAGACGUUCUGUCCUUGAGGUGCCCCGGCUUAUGACGGCUGUUCCUUGGAAGUCAAAACUGUGGCUAGUUUCUCCAACGUGAGUCGCAAGCUGUGAGUUUGGGUCUAGUCUCCGAGUUGCCAGUUUGUGCUCGUGUAGGCGAGUCUGCAAUUUCCGUCCGGUUUCCCCCAACGCAGCUGCAGUCUCCAUCGCUAUAGUGCAUUUAAUGGACAACUGCUGAGGUUUCAGUGGGUGGCAGUGCGUCUUUGGGUUGCAUCAAACGGCGACGAAUUGAUGCCUGGGGUCGAUGGGCAAUGCCUACUCUGGCGGAUUGUAACAGACACGAAACCGCCUCAGAGACUUUUAUUGUAAAGAAUAGCCCUCCAGAGUUCAGGUCGCUCUUCUUGUGGUCGUCGCCUGUUCACUCGGCGCUUGCUUUGCUUGAUAAAAUAACUUGAGUUUCCAUUGACCCGAAAGAGGUCGUGAAAGAAUUGCCCUUCAGCUCUUUUGUCGGCUGAUGUGCUGCACUGUGUCAACUCUUUGGAAUAGAGUGUUGACGCAGCUGCGUUUGUGAGAGAGGGGAUGAUUGCUGUUGAAAUGUAGUAUUUGUCUUGCGUUGGUUGCUUUCCUGUAAACGGUAGUUUGCCGUUGCACAUUGGCGCACAAGGACAUUCACGAAGGGGAGUUGGUCGUUAGAUUCAGCUUCCAUUGUGAAUUGUAUACUCGAGCCAACCCAGUUCGGCAAUUCUUUGAGGUGCUCCACGUCAGAGGAUUUGACCAUGGCGAAAGUUUUAUCGAUGUAACGAGCCCAAAACUCUGGUUGAUACUUGGUGGGCACUAAGUACUAUAUCCUUUGAAGAACCACUUCAACAAUCAGCUCUGGUAUGUGGGUGCCUCUAAUUUGUUCAUACAUCUGUCCACUGAUCCGGUGAGCCCUUCAUAUUUAUCAGAUUAUCGACUCGGAUGUCUGGCAUUUACUAACCUGAGGAUCAAUAUAGUAUAUCUGAUGGAUUGCAUAACCGUGGCUGCUAUUGUGGCUAUGCGUGAAAUUGCUUAUCUAGGUGCCAAUAUCCCUUGGUACAUUUAAAUAGAGCGUGUUGGAUAGCUUAACAGAAAGCUUAUUUCCUGUAAUGCCUAAAUUUUAAGAUGGAUGUUUCCAUCUUCCCCUCCACCACAACAGUUUAGGGUUUCAGGAUUGUGCCGGACGACGGAUGAAGUCUCUUUUUAUGGCGGCUAACAUCUGCCCUGCUGUUAGGCCACCAUGGCUUGUGACCAUUUUUUUGUCAAGCAACUGAUUUAUCAGAUCGAUGGGCAGCCACGCCUAAGGGUAGUGUCGCUGCAUGUUCUGCAAAUGCUCAUUCUUCAGACCCGAGAGCCCGCUUAGUUCGCAGCUGGCAUUUACUGAGGACCUGUUGCGGCAGCUUAAGCCAUACACAAACCCUGGCCACUACGACCUUCACGUUCGGUUCCGAAUACAAAGAGAUGGAUCAAUAGUAGUGAAAUGCGAUUCCCAGGUGGCAUAUCACAAGAAAAGGAGGCGUUCACCGGGAGAGGUGUAUUUGCCUCCCCCUUAUCUGGUUUUACGGACAUUCUUGACGGGGGACAGUCACGGCGCGGGACAAUCGGGACCGUCAAUUGUCGCCGCGGCCGACGAAGAUGGGCGGGAUUCAGGUCACGGUGACGUGCGGGUCGGAUGCAGCCACACAGGCGGCAUUGGUGGGCCAGGCAUCAAACAAAGUGCGCCAUAAAAGGAAAGCUGUGUGCAUGACUGCUCAGUCUCUGAAGAUGGGUAGAAGAAACGACUAUCCGAAACGUCAGACCUCAAAUACACCUCUCCCGGUGAACGCCUCCUUUUCUUGUGUUAUAAGCAGAUGGUCCUGGACGCCAGACGAGGGAACACGUGCGGCGUCGUAAGAGCCGCAGCACGAGCGACAGUGCAGAAUGCAAAUUGAAAAGUCGGUUGACAAAUAUACGUUUUCAGUAACUCGUCAUCAGGUCAAUACAUUUACAUGGGUAAUGAUCUUUUUACAUGUGGACAGAAGAUAAAUGUGUCUCAGGGGGCAGGAUUGGUCAGACUCCAUGUUCCUACGCCGCCCGCAUGACGGAGUCAGCGUGUUGCGGACGGUGGUGUUGGUGUGGUAGGCGGGGGGGAGUGGAGAGGAGUUAGAGUUGGAUUGUGGGCGCUGUCUGUGUUAACCACGCGGAGUGCGUGUGACUGUUCUCAGGGCGUCAGGACGGCGUGCGAUCACCACCUGGAGUUGGACAGGCAAGACAGACUGUGUCAACGUCUUCUGACAACAGGACGCUGAGUUCGCUGAUCGAAUGGCUACUGCUUCGGCUGUGGAUAGCACCCGUUUGCGCAGGCCUUUAGAGUAGUAUGCUGGCGCUCGGUAUAUGACUUUAGAGGCUGCCUUAGCGUCUACUUGGUUCCUAUCGAUCAGAUGUGUGAGAAUUGAACUCAAAAUCCGUCGAUUUUCCCCUCUACCUAGCCGGAAGGACAUGUGUUCGCGUAUCCCCUUUUCCAGACGCCUCGUUGUACGGCCAGUAUAGCCCGCUCCACAGGAGCAGGUGGAUGAAUAAAUACACACGGAUUUGGCCUGCAAUGGUAGUCGGUCAUUACCUCCCAAGAGCAGGAGGGGAGAGUUUGCGCAUAUAUGCAAGUUCGUCGCGGGGAAGGCACUCGUGAGAGCUGUCCUAAGAUGUCGUCUCACUAAUCCGCUUGCUGCGUGUCCUAGAAAAGGCAGUCUUAGAAGAAAAUCCUUCUUCUCUGCAGUUGCGACGGCAUGUUUUGUGGCACACUCCCUAAUAUUCCGGAGAAUAAAUCUCUCCGGAUAGCCGUUUCCGCGGAACGUGUUUUACAGCUGCUGGAGUUCUGCUUCAACAGUUUCAGGAGAUCAGAUGCGUUGCACUCUAGCCGCCAGUCCCUAGACUAAAUUUCGUUUUAGAUUUACGGAAACAAAACUUUCAAAAUUAAUGUAUUGGCCCGUCCAGGUUUUCUUUCUGAAUAUCUUGCGUUGGAUAGACCAAUCCUCUUGUCCGUGUAGAAGGACAUCGAGGAACGCGAUCCCGUUAUUCGCCCCAGUCUCUGUGGUAAACUUCAGAGAGGGGUGCGCCCUGUUAAACUUCUGAGCUAGGCCAUUGAUGUCAGUGGUAUGACUUGUCAGGCAAAAGAUAUUCUCCAUGUAUCGACCGUAGAAGUCAAGGUCAUUAAUGAUAUCUUUGAGACUCGUUUGCCCGACCUCGCCCAUGAAGACAUUUGCGAGAAACGAUCCAAGCGGUGAACCCAUUGCCACACCGUCUAUUUGCCUGUAUAGCUGGCCGUUGCAUAGGAACUGGACAUUAUGUGUGCACCACGCAAGUAGUUCUUUUAGGGUCUCCACUGUCAUGCCUAUCGGGUAGUUUGUUUCCCUAAUGAAGAAUGCCUCACAGCGCCUUGGACGAGAGCACGGCCGAGCCGGCCUUGAAGAUGAUUGGCCGGUUUGGACAUCCGUGAUUGGCCGAGCGGCAAACUGCGACUGGUGCGCUCGUGGAAGUACCCACACGAGGCCCAGCGUUGCAACAGGCGUUCGGAGUAGAGCCACUAUAGACCGUUCCACGGUCAGACGCCCGCGGACGCGCCGGGAAGCCGGCAGUUAAGUUAACAACCAGCUCCCGUCUUGCCGGGUUAUCCGUCGUCCAAGUCCACGCUUAUGCUUCCUCAGUUGUCCGGUCCUGGUGCGCUCAAGCUAGAAGUUUGAAACUAACGAGAAAAAGUGCUGGAAGUUUCCUUAUCCGACGAAAUCCGUACGAUUCUUACAGCUACUACAGUUUGUCAUCAAAUCACUUCUAGCGAAGCAUGAUUUCAUCAGUAACCCCAACAAUUUGCUGAUUUCAAGUAGUCGGUAAACAACUUCUGUGACCAAGCGGGGAGUUCCUAAAAGGUGAUACAACUAAUGUGUCUUAACUCCCAACAUGUGCCGUUCUCCUCUAGAUAUCAACGGAUACAUUACUAGGACUUGGUGAAGCAGUUAUCUGGAGGAUUUUCGUUUAGUUUGACAAUCGAAAAGGGCCAAAACUGUAUUAUGUGCGUAAAAAUGGUGAGUCGAGUUAAGGAAUCGCAGAGAACGAACAUUCACCUAGUUAGCGUUAGGGACAGGACUGGGACCAUUGAAAAUUAAACUGGACUCCCUAUGCUUGAACUUCAGGUCCGCUGCCCCAUUAACUGCGUGCGAGAAUUUUAAGUGUUCUAGAAGUGGUGCCUUACCACUCUGAUUGUGAGUGGAAAGUGUUCCUUUGGUUUGUCCUGGAAAUAUAAUCUGGAGCUCUUCCGGGCAGUUGCACGGAAAGAGGCAAGUGAGAAGAAGGAAUACUGGCCAAGCCAGAGGAGACCGAAACGACCCGCGAAAAAGCCGCUCCAAAAAUCACCAAUAUUUCUCGUCGUAGACGAUAGGGCAACAAACCCGCAUCACUGCCUAUGUCAUGGACUUAGUGUUCAAUGAACUGGGGUAUUUUGCUUCAGGGGUUAGGUUAUUUAGGCCUGGGAGCUAGGACACGGUUGACUGACGACGUCUUACGUUCCCUGAAUGAUUAUUCCAGUCUCCCCUGUCCUCAGUCCCUUAUUCAUAACUGCUUGUCCCUACGCCCCCACCUACGAGGGCUCUAGAUCCGCACAUCUUCUCUCGUUCAAUCAAACAGGUGAAACGAAAUUUUCAGAAGUCCUCUUCUGUUUUUCUCCUGGUGGACUUCUGCUCAGUCUGUAGCGAAAUCUAGUUGAGGACUCACGCGCUUGAUCCUUUAAGCAACUUCCGCUGUUAUUAUCCCCAUCGCUUGCCGCUGGAUAUGUACAGUUAAUGCAGCCAGCGAUUACUUAUCGUUUUCCUAUUCCCUUGCAACUUUUUACAGGUUUAUUAUUCCUAAAACUGCCGCAAGUCAUGAGACUUGACUGAAAUAAGCCAUUUCCUAGGCUCCAAGAGGGACUUUAGUGGGACAUACUCCAAAAUCUCUGCGAAAUGGAAAAAGGCGUUGUUUAAAAAAAAGGGGGGUUUCAGAUUCACGACUUGGCGCUGGUAGUUCCUUUUCGGCAACCGUCACAUUUAAAACACAUCCUUUUGUAGUCCUCCUCUUCUGUUUUAAAUGGACGACUGGUCUGUAAAAACGCUCACAAAAGGCGGUUUUAUGCCCUAGAAAGCUGCGUCGUCUGCCCUCCCCGAGGCCCAAAUAAACUCCGCAGAGCGCCUGUUCCGUGAGAAUGCCGUUUUGCAUAUUGAACUGGACCAAGUGAAAGAAGAACUAGCUGGUCUCAAAGCUCUCCGAAACGCCGAAGGGCUACCUGAAGCACGCAAAAAAUACGGUAGGAAAACCAAGUCCGUUGUUUGCAUCUGUAUGGUUGGUGGAUUUAUGUCCUGUAUGGUUGACGGAGGCGACAUAUCAUUGUUUUCUGUGGGAGGAGACGCAUCGCACUUGGUCAGUUUGCGGUUUAACCUGUAGUGAACAGUUUUUUUUGAUGAGGGAUCCCGUUCACAUGGAUCGCGGUGGUCUUUCCUGGCCAGUCUCCCCGAGUUUUCAUUAUGGACGUAAAUUUUUGGUCCCCUUCUGAACGGAAUAUUUUUUUUUCCUUUCUCAGAGUGUGAAAUAGCCAAUCUCAAGACGCAGAAUGCUGAACUGGAACAGGAGUGUCAGAAGCACAGACAGAGGUGUGCAGAUACGCUACAAGAGCUCGACUCGGCUCGAGUUGAGGUAAUUUUCAUUACUUAUGCUCUUUGUGAAAACACAUAAACUCCUUUAGAAUGCUGGCAGGCGCCGUCACUUACCAUCGACACCAAGCGAUUAUUAUUUCGAACACUUUUGGUUUCAUUGAUGGUACUUAUGGCUGUGGCCAAAAGGUCUGUAAGCGUCUGUUAUGCCAGGAUCAGCAUACCGUGGCCCUCGCAGCCUGCUAUGCGCUGACAGUUCUCCGACGCCUAGUCCCCUGCCGGUAAAUGCGCCUGCACUCCAGCUGGGUAUACAGGUCGUGUGCAUGGUCGCCCAGCCAUCCUACUCUUUGUUCUGACCCGUCGUGGUGUUGCUGCUAUUGGUUAAAACCUUGUUCAAUGUUUAAGUGGACGAGGGGGUGUGGAGUGGGGUGCCAAGGUGUGGGCUCGGCCGUGCCAUCCAUCUGCGCCCUCCGCCGCUUCCGGUCUUCUUGACUUUGUCUUGACAUUGGAUCCAGGUUGAGGAGGAUGAGGGACUGCGGUAAACGCUACCCAAGUCUACACUAUAAACUAAUUCACGCGCAAAUGAUCGUGCCUGCUUCACCUUGUUGUGUAGCGUACGGUGGACUCGUCAGAUGCGACAGUCGAACUAUCAUUUAUGGCUGUUUAAAUUAGUUAGGCCGUUAGCCGCGCCCCCGACAAUAUGAAAAUAUACUUGGGUGAUUUGCGCUUUCGUCUAAAGAAGCUGGAUAAUGUGGAUUUGGGUGGUCAGAGCAGAACUUCCUAGGUUUGAUGCAAUUUUAGACGACCGUUGAAUAUGUUCCUCUAGUUUUUAUUAUUAUGAUAUGCCUACUCAUCUCAUUUGCGUAUACAUGUUAUACUAGGAUCACGGUUGCGACCGAGUUCACGAAAAAGGUUAUACUUGGGGUUAAGGUUGGGGUUAGGGUGAAGUUUGCCUCCCGCAUACCUUCUUACCCAAUCCGGUCAUCAUUAAUUAAUAGCCACCGAUUACCUGUUUUCCGCCCGUUUAUGCGCCCAUAAUCCGAAUCGUUCAAAUUGCGCGGUCUGUUCCGACACCUCGUUGAAGUAAUAAAGCACGCAUGGUAGAAGUGUGUUUUCUCAAUGUUUUCCGCAUAGUCCUCUACUCACCGCCCCCAUCUGUCUCACUCAUAAAACCCCCAUUUACGUCCUCCCCGUAUUACUGCAGUACCUGUUCUUCAUUUGCUCAGUAGGACUGAAUAUUCAAUCGUCGCCUAAUCUUAGGGUGAACGUCUAGUUUCAUUCCUAGUAAAUUCAGCGCACCUGCAGCAAUAAGUUUGUACUUGUAAAUCUGGUGGUCGUUUCGUACACAAAAUUGUUUUACCAUAUUCCCAACACAGAUACUAAUUCAGAAUCCUGACUCUUAGCGUUUUUUUUUCUGUGACUGUAUUAUGUUACUGCUCGAGAUUCUGUUCGUUACUGGAUUCCUCGGCAUUUCACGUGCAGUUUCUGGGAUAAAUCCGGCUAGCAAAUUGUGAUUGGCAUUUUUAUCUAAUGAAAUUGAUCGGAUUCAAAGUCAGGUUCGUACUUGUGCUGUGCGGAAGUAGGUCGACGAAAUGUGUGUCUUAGUUUUUAGGCAGCGCUUUUGUUGGUGUUACAGUGAAACAGUGCUCUGUGUGCUUAGAGUAGUGCAUUUUCCGGCGAUCUAGAAAUUGACAGAGUUCAUUUUCGUCAUAAUAGCCUCAAACUUUUUCGAGGCAACCAGUACUUUUAUGGUUGUUCCCGAGUACGCGCGCCCAUUCAACAAACCUGAAGUGCGACAACACAUUGAUGUAUGGUGCUGAAACUCACACAGAGGCGGCAUUCGCCAAUCUGCCUUGUUUUCAGGACGCAAUGCAGGUUAUUCCCCAUUGACCGGGUCCUCUAUUCUGAAGUUUUCACAGCCGGUCGAAUGGUGUCAAGCAGUUAAUAUGCGAGAACCGUUACGGACAAAGACAGACCUGAUUGGAAUGCCCCUUUCUCAUUCACUUCCUGUCGUCAGUCGACCAUACCCCAACCCCAGGCCGGAAAGAUGAGGGGCUGUAAGCCGAACUCUUUGGAGUAUAGCUAGCUAAUGACAAAAAAUAAGCCAGAAAUGCCAUUUCAGUCAACCUUACCUUCUUUUCAUUGGUCACAACACUGUUCGAACUGUAAAACCCUUCUUGACUGUGUGUCAUAGCACCCGGCUUAGCUGUGAGAGGAUGAGAGAGUGAUGUAGAUGGAGCGCAAUUCUACUAUCAUUAAGGGUUAAUGUACGCGCGAGUCACCGCCCCUGCACCCACCCUGCUAUGGGGCACACGGCGGACAGCGUCGGCAAAGGCGAUCGAACUGUCGUACGGAGAGUCACACUGCAAUUGCACUCAAACUUAGUUGAGCUCCGAGUCGCCCCCUCCCCCUUUCUUGUGUUAAAUCGCGGUUCUUUAUGCGCGGACCAGGAGUUGUGGUGAUACGUCUAGGCGUGGGUUCACGCCAUGCCAGUUCGAUCGCGCCCCCGGUCUCCCUGACUGUCUUGACACCGUUCCUAGGAUGGUGGGGGAGGAGGAUGAGGAGAGAGUGUGGUAGAUGUUGUGCAAGUUUGCCCUCAUUACAAACUAAUUCACUCGCCAGUCACCGUCCUGCGUCCACCUAGUUGUGGGGCACACGGUGGCCAUCGUCCUUCGUGACGGUCGAACUGACUGUCCACAUGCUGACGGCGGGUCACCGAGGUCGCUAUGACGUGCGUUGCACAAUAAUUGCAAAUUCAAAUGUGAUAAAAAAAAACUCGCGUCGUCCGGCGGGGCCUCGUAGCUCAGGUGGUUAGAGCGUUGGCUGUACUAAAGCCUUCCUCUUACUGCGUGGGUUCAAAUCCCACCGAGGCGCCGAGUUUUUCACAGUUGAGUCAAUAUGAAUUGCGAAUUCCCAAAUGAAGCUGCAGACGCAUAGUAUCAAGCUGACAGCCUUUACUGAGACGGUUAAAUGCAAGCAGUAUUUGUCAGCGCAGAGGGGUGAGUGUCGACCAAGUGAUCGUGUUCAGCGAGAGUAGUCCGCGUUGCGCCAGUAGCGAUCAACCUGUGUGCAAUACACGGACGUCGGCGGGAUGACGAGAGUGAUGCUCGCGUGCUCGCAUAGCCGAGAGCACCUGUGGGCAUGAAGAAGAUCUGGCACUCUGGCUGCUCCGCGCUCUGCCGCAUUCUAACCAAAGUAAUCGUAAAUCAAGCUAGAUCUGCACCCUUAGCGUCAUCUGCGCACUCUUAUAACCGGAAUGCUUUAUAUAAUGAAUUUUUCCAUCUCAGAUGAAGUGGUCUCUUACUUUCCUCCUUAUAAGUCCGCAAUCAAUUGCUUGCAUAUCAGUCGCCUGCUACCGCCUUGCUUAUAUCAUCAAGGCAAAUUUUAAAAAUUUGACUGCCGAGUCUGAGCUUUGUUUUUGUGCAUUCUGAAACAGCUAUCAGACCUUCUAAAACGCUGUGCUUCGCUGUCGCAGAUGGCAGAUAGCGCCACAGCAAAUGCUGAAGCUCGUUGUCAGCAGGUAAAGAACGAGGCGGCUGUUGCUAUCGGGGAACUCAAACAUAAACUGAAUUGGUAUAUCAAGAACCAAGCCCCUUCCAACCAACCAACGGAAGUAAUGAAACAGGAAGUAGGUAUUUCUUUUACGUAAAUCUAUCACUGAUUUCUCAAAGUACUUUCUAAACGUUAAUACUAAGACUCAGAUUCGGAAAAAAGUCUGCUUGCUAGCUUACUUGCUUGAUACCUGGUCAGCUAUGAGACAAAUAUGUGUCUACGUCUGCCGACUAAACCGUCGCAGACCAGCAUCGACAGGGGUUACUGGAGUGCAGAGGGUUGAGGUCGGACACAGCGACUGCCCUACAAAAUACGCCAAAGCCCGAUGUACCAUUGUGAAAUGGCGGCCUUGCGCCCUUCACCAGCCUAUACCGUUUUCCUGAAGUAUAUUACCAAUCCAAUUUCAUGGUUUCGAAACAACAUGACAUCCGGCCAAAGCAGCAUUUCUGGGGAAGCUUCUUAAAUAUCCGACGUUCCCUUGGAGGUCACAUGAAACAACUAUUGUGUCGACCUAAUACCUACUCAAAUAGCUAUAGUAGGCAUUUUUUCUAGGCAACAGAUGUUUGGGGGUCCUCUCCCGAUUGUUAUCAGCGUAUAUGCUGAUAGGGUCAAGCGGGCGAGCUCCAGAAAACAGUUCAGAAGAAGUAGGUUCGAUCACUUGAACAAGAAGUUUAAUGGCCUGAUGUUGCGGGUUCUCACUCAAACUCAUCAUCAGAGACAGUCGCAAAUAACUGUAGUGGAAUGAGCCGCCACCUGAGAUUUAUUAUCUCAGGUGGCGGCUCAUUCUACGGGACCUGGCGAUACUUUCAAGUUUCACGAGGCCGAAAUCCUCGCAAGAGUUGACAACCGCGUGAGCCGCGAUCUGGAAUUCAGCUAUCCAGUCAGCUCUAACGGGGUUUACUGGGAAGUCAACUUGUUGGACAUUUUGUGCGUAUUUGGUCUCCUAUAGCCUCUGGGUCCUGGGGUGGAUAUCUCUGUCCAAGCGGGAAGGGUGAAUUGGGUUGGUUAUCCAGCUAUGCUAGUCCUGGUGACGGUGGCUACCAGCGCCAACAACUAGAUGGCCUUCCGUGAGGCCAUGUUUUGUACCAAAGUCGUGUUUUUCCCCCCCAGCGUCUACCGACUAGAGUUUCGGACGAACGCGACAUCUUCGGCUUUAAACAAAAUCUGUCGUUUCCUACACCAGCCUGGAGAGUUCGGCGGCCCUGCCAGAUUUUUUACUGAUGCCUUUGUCACCUAUUAAUAUCCCUUUUACGCAAUACUGUUCAACUACAUUUCGCACAUACGGCUUUCCUAGCAUGCCAAAGUGUUUUUAUCCCUGUUAAGUACUUUGUUAACUGAAAAAACGUGCGCUCGUACCAGUAAUCAUCCAGUCAUCCUCAAAAGUUGACCUCAAGGAGCCUUGCCUCAUGGAUCUCAAAAGUUUUUAUAUAACAUAUUUUUUCCUUACCUCUAGGGCCUACCCCUAUCAUCACAAGUGGCACUCCAAGGCAGAAUUCAUGAGCUGGAAGUUAAGCUAGAGGAACAAAAGGCGGCUGAACAAAUGUCCAUCCGGAGUCUGCAGCAAGAAUUCGAGGUCCUGAAAGUAAAGGCGAGUUAA